AUGUCAGCUAGACCAACUUCAGUGGCACUCGCUGAUGAAGAGCAUCGUAAGAAACGAGUUAGGAAAGGAACCAAAAGUUGCUGGGAAUGUAAAAGAAGAAAAGUCAAAUGUCAAUUGAGUUCUGAAAAUGUCAGCGUUUGUUCUGGUUGCCUAUCACGUGGGACGACUUGUAUAAGUCAAGAAUAUCCAGAAGAACAUGAUUCUUCAGGUGGUCCACAAAUUGGUGAACGGCUUGGUCGUAUAGAGCUUACUCUUGAUAAAUUGAUGGCAAAAUUGGAUCAGUAUGAUGAGCAAGAAAAUGCCACAAAAAUUCAUACUCCAGAAAGUAUGGGUACUGGUGAUGUUCUUUCACCAUUCCCAAGUACUACCUCAACUGGAUAUGAUAGUGCUACAACUGCACCAAUACUUUCUCUUUUUGAUAACUCUGUUAGAUGUUUUGAUAGAACUCCUUCCGUCACAAGAAGCUACAAAUAA